AGAGACCUUAGGAUCCAGACUCAGGAUUUCUGGGCGGCGCGGGACUAUUCAGAACCCACAAGCUCUUUCCUCUCCUGUCCUCUUCAAAGCCUCCUACUCACCUGCCUCCUCUUAUCAGCACUCCGCAGUGUCAGCUGAUUCACUAGAGUCAAUGGAUUUCUAAGGAGACCAGAACUCAUCUGUGAGCCCUCCGCUCUUUUCUGUGCUGCUGUUGAAACUUGCCUUUACAGCUACCAGACUUGAAGAUGCUUCGAAUGCAGAGGCCAAGACUGGCCAGGCUGAGAGCCUGCCUCUCCAGAGGUCUCCACCACAAGCCAGUGAUGGCACUCCGGAGAGAGGAUGUGAAUGCCUGGGAGCGCAGGGCACCACUGGCUCCCAAGCACAUCAAGGGCAUCACCAAACUGGGAUACAAGGUCUUGAUACAGCCUUCCAAUCGACGGGCCAUUCACGACAAGGAGUAUGCCAGAGCUGGUGGCAUUCUUCAGGAGGACAUCACAGAAGCUCGUCUAAUUUUGGGAGUGAAAAGGCCUCCAGAGGAAAAACUUAUGUCCAAGAAGACUUAUGCCUUCUUUUCCCACACAAUAAAGGCCCAGGAAGCCAAUAUGAGUUUGUUGGAUGAGCUCCUGAAACAGGAAAUCCGACUCAUUGAUUAUGAGAAAAUGGUGGAUCACAGAGGGUCUCGGAUAGUGGCAUUUGGACAAUGGGCAGGUGUGGCAGGAAUGAUCAAUAUUUUACAUGGAAUGGGUUUAAGGCUCCUUGCCUUGGGACAUCAUACACCUUUUAUGCAUCUUGGCAUGGCUCACAACUACAGGAACAGCAGCCAGGCUGUGCAGGCUGUCCGCGAUGCAGGCUAUGAAAUAUCCCUGGGUUUAAUGCCAAAGUCAAUAGGACCCUUAACAUUUGUGUUCACAGGGACUGGCAACGUAUCAAAGGGAGCCCAAGCAGUCUUUAAUGAGUUACCUUGUGAGUAUGUGGAGCCCCAUGAAUUAAAAGAGGUUUCAAAAACUGGAGACCACAGGAAAGUGUAUGGGACAGUGUUAAGUCGCCAUCAUCAUCUUGUCAGGAAAACAGAUGGUGUGUAUGAUCCUGUAGAAUACGAGAAAUAUCCUGAGCGCUACAAAAGUCGUUUUAAUACAGAUAUUGCACCCUAUACAACUUGUUUAAUUAAUGGAAUCUACUGGGAGCAAAACACCCCUCGCCUGCUAACUCGCCAGGAUGCUCAAAGUCUCCUGGCCCCAGUGAAGUCUUCAGGUGUUCCUAUUGAAGGAUGCCCUGAGUUACCACACAAACUUGUGGCAAUAUGUGACAUUUCAGCAGACACAGGAGGGUCUAUAGACUUUAUGACCGAGUGUACUACAAUAGAGAGACCCUUUUGCAUGUAUGAUGCAGAUCAGCAUAUUAUUCACGACAGUGUUGAAGGCUCCGGAAUUCUGAUGUGUUCCAUUGACAAUUUGCCAGCACAGCUUCCAAUUGAGGCUACAGAAUACUUUGGAGACAUGCUUUACCCUUAUGUUGAAGAAAUGUUGUUAUCAGAUGCAUCACAGCCCCUCGAAAGCCAGAACUUUUCUCCAGUGGUGCGCGAUGCAGUGAUUACAUCCAAUGGUUCAUUGACUGACAAAUACAAAUACAUCCAGAAACUCCGAGAAAGCAGAGAACGUGUUCAGUCCCUUUCAAUGAGUCCCAAGAAGAAGGUGUUGGUGCUUGGGUCUGGCUAUGUAUCUGGGCCUGUUUUAGAAUAUCUGUCAAGAGACAAAAAUAUAGAAAUAACAGUAGGCUCUGAUAUGGUGAACCAAAUGCAACAGUUAAGCAAGAAAUACAAUAUUAACCCUGUGAGUGUGAACAUUGGUAAACAAGAAGAGAAGCUGCAAUCCUUGGUAGCGUCGCAGGAUCUUGUGAUCAGCUUGUUGCCUUAUGUGUUGCAUCCUGUUGUGGCCAAGGCAUGCAUCUCAAACAGAGUCAACAUGGUCACUGCGAGCUACAUCACACCAGCCAUGAAAGAACUGGAGAAGAGUGUGGAUGAUGCUGGCAUCACAGUCAUUGGUGAAUUGGGAUUAGAUCCUGGUCUUGAUCACAUGUUGGCAAUGGAAACAAUUGAUAAGGCCAAAGAGCUGGGAGCCACGAUUGAGUCUUAUGUUUCCUACUGUGGUGGCCUUCCAGCCCCCGAAUAUUCAGACAAUCCCUUGCGAUAUAAAUUCAGCUGGAGUCCAGUGGGAGUCUUGAUGAACAUAAUGCAGCCUGCUAGCUAUUUGCUCAACGGAAAGGUUGUGAAUGUGACAGGGGGAGUCUCUUUCCUUGACUCUGUCACAUCCAUGGAUUACUUCCCAGGCCUGAACUUGGAAGGGUACCCUAACAGGGACAGUACACGAUACGCUGAAAUUUAUGGGAUUCCAUCUGCCCACACGUUGUUGAGGGGAACACUGAGAUAUAAGGGAUAUUCUAAAGCUUUGAAUGGAUUUGUAAAGUUGGGUCUCAUAAACAGAGAAGCAUAUCCUGCCCUCCUACCUGAGUCCAACCCUCUCACCUGGAAACAGCUCCUGUGUGACCUAGUUGGAAUUUCCCGCUCCUCUUCAUGUGAGAAGCUUAAGGAAGUUGUCUUUACAAAGCUGGGAAGGGACAGUACCCAGUUUGAGGCUGCUGAAUGGUUGGGCUUACUGGGGGAUGAGCAAGUCCCUCAGGCAGAGUCUAUUGUGGAUGCAUUCUCCAAGCACUUGGUCUCAAAACUCUCCUAUGGCCCUGAAGAAAAAGAUAUGAUUGUGAUGAGAGACAGCUUUGGCAUCAGGCAUCCCUCUGGACAUUUAGAAAAUAAGAUCAUUGAUCUUGUGGUUUAUGGAGACUUCAAUGGCUUUUCGGCAAUGGCUAAAACUGUGGGGUUACCGACAGCCAUGGCAGCCAAAAUGUUACUGGAUGGUGAAAUUGAAGCCAAAGGCCUAAUGGGGCCAUUUACAAAGGAGAUCUAUGGGCCAAUAUUGGAGCGGAUUAAAGCAGAAGGCAUUGUAUUUAAUACACAGAGCACAAUCCAGCCAUAAAUGGGAAUUCAUUUUUCUAGGCAUCAAAACUGUUAAUUUGUGAUGACAAACAUGCUUACCGAUGUGCUAAAGCAUGAAGUUUUAUAUUUUGAGCAUAACUCAUUUAAGAAUAUGUUUUGAAUAAGUUAAUGCAAUGGUGUUUUUGAAAGUCACAUCUCUAUUUUAUUAAAACUUUUGGAGUAGAAGAUGCCAGUCAUUACAGAGACCUUUAAUAAGUCCGUUGUGUAUUUUUCUGUGUAUGUAAAAGUGAUGAUGAUCAUAGUUUAAUUUAUUGUGCUUUUUUCUUAUAAGAGCAUAUCAUCAAAUGCAGUUCUACUAUUUUCUGCCAGAAAAAAAUUCAUGUAGUUAUAUUUUUGUACUUUUCAAAUUGAUUCUGCUAGAUACCUGUAGACUGACAUGUCUACAAACAACUGCAAAAGUGAUGUUUCAUGUCUUUUGCAAAGUUCUGAUCUAUUUAGUAAAAUUUGUUUGAAAAUUAUUUUUUCUUGAAUUUUUGGAGAAGAAAAUUGAUACAAUAAACUCACAGUCCUCAUUAUCCUUUUAUUACAAGCAGAGAAAGUGUUUGAAAAACUCUAGUACCCCCUUCAUGAUAAAAACAAAACAGAAAAACCCACCACAAAACACAUAACAAACUAAGACUAGAAAGGGAUGCCCUUAUAAAAGAUAGCCACGAAAAACCCACAACUUGUAUCAUAUUUAAUGGCAAAAUACUGAAUGAUUUUUAUCUAACACCACAAGUAAGACAGGAAUGUUGUCACUUGGCCACAGUGAUUCAAUCUGUAUCGAGGGGUUAGGCCAUGUCAAUUAGGCAACAAAGUAAGAUCAAAACAAAAUAAAACAAAACAAACAACAACAACAACAACAACAACAACAACAAAACCCCUCUAUACUCGAAAGGAAGACAAUGAACUCUAUUUGCAUAGAAUCUCCAAGAAUUGCACAGGAAAUCCAAAGACAUAGUGAAAAGAAUACAGAAGAAAAUGUCUGAAUUUAUAAAUUCAGAAAAACUGCAGAAUCAGGAAUAACUUACAGCAUUUGCCUUUCUGUAAAGUAUGAAUGAGUGAACCAAAAGUGGCUUUAGAAAAACAAUGUCAACAGCACCAAAAAGGAAAAAAAGAAUAAGAUUGAGAGGUUAGAAGUGACACUCAUAUUUGUUCUGUUGCCUCUUAAAAAGUGUGCUAACACAAUUCAGUGAAGAGAAAUACCUGUUCAUCAAAUGAUGGUUGAAAACAUGAAUAACCAGAAACAAUGAAGUUGGAUCACUGCCUCAUAGAAGAUAUAAUAAGAACUGACUAGGGAUGCAUCUAAAAAAAUUCUAAAAAAGAGUUAGCACUGUAAAAAUCUUAGAAUAUAACACAGGCAUAAAUCUUCAUGGGUUUGAAUCAGGCAAUGGUUUAUUAAGUAAUUGAAGCAAAAAUCACAAGCAUCAGAAGAAAAAAAUAGACAAACUGGACAAAAUAAAAAUUAAGAACUUUGGAGUUUCCAAUGAAACUGCUACAAAAUAAAAAUGCACACUUCCAAAGAACCCAGAGAAUCAGAUUUUUUUUUUUUUGUAAAUCAUUUAUUUAGGGAAGAAUAUGUAGCUAGAAUAUAUAAAGAGCUGUUAUAACUCAAUAUGAAAAAGAUAACCCAAUUUUAAUAGUGUUCAGAAGUUUGGAUUUGGCAGUUCCCUAAAGAUAUAGUAAAGUCUAAUAAUAGUAUGAAAAAUUAAAACUAAUUCUACAGUGAGAUACUGCUUUAUACCCAUGAGAAUGGCAGGAAUCAAAAAGAUAAUGAAUGUUAAUGUAGACACAAAGAUGUUGAAAGGGUUAUUGAAGAAUAACUGAGAACAAUGGAAAAAUCCUUAUAAAAACCUGUACUUGCAUAUUAAUAGAAACAUUAUUUGUAAUAUCUCACCAGUUAAAAAAAUGAAUGUGAAAUAUCCACCCAAUGGACUAUUGCUCAAUAGUAAGAAAUGAAGUACGUGUUAUGUAUGAUAUGAAUGAACACAAAGUAUUCUGUGAUAGAAAAGGCCACUUAUUGUGUAAUUUCAUGUUGUGUCGUUCAGAAAAACACAUCUCUAUAUAGAGAUGAGUAGUUACCUAGUGCUGGGAGAACUGAGAGGAAAACGGAAUGACUGACUGUUAAUAAACCUUUUAACAAUGGCA